AUGAAAAAUUCUGUUUUGUGGUUGAUGACUUUGUUGCCACUGAUCCUGGUGUCGGUGAGUGGUGCUGCGUGGUGGGAGUCUACCGUGGUAUAUCAAAUAUACCCGCGUUCCUUUAAAGACUCAAAUGGAGAUGGAAUCGGAGACUUGAACGGCAUCACAGAGAAACUGCAAUAUAUUAAAAACACAGGGAUUGAUGCGAUUUGGCUGUCUCCAAUCUUCAAGUCGCCAAUGUACGAUUUUGGUUAUGAUAUAGCAGACUAUAGAGUAAUCGCCAAGGAGUACGGGACCAUGGAGGAUUUCGACAACCUUAUGAAGGAAGCUAAGAGCUUAGGCAUUCGUGUUAUAUUGGACUACGUACCCAACCACACGAGCAACGAAAGUGAAUGGUUUGUAAAGUCCGUGCAAAAAGAUCCCGAAUACGUCGACUAUUAUAUUUGGGCGGAUGGAAAGCCAGAUCCUGAAAAUCCGGACAAGUUAAUUCCACCUAGCAACUGGGUAAGCGUAUUUCGCAAGAGUGCUUGGGAAUACAAUGAAGUCCGCAAGCAAUACUACUUGCAUCAAUUCUUGAUUGGUCAACCCGAUCUUAACUUCCGUAACGAGAAAGUGCGUGAAGAGAUGAAGGAUGUUCUACGCUUCUGGUUAGAUAAAGGUGUAUCUGGAUUCCGUAUGGACGCAAUCAAUAUGAUGUUUGAAGUAGAUCCUGCUGAUUUUAAAGGAUUUUAUCCAGACGAACCACUAUCUGGUGUCGCAGGCGCAACGCCUGAUGACUAUGAAUAUCUGAACCACAUCUAUACCAGAGACCUUGAUGAGCUGUACAAUGUUAUUUACGAUUGGAGGGCUGUUCUUGAUGAGUAUAGGAAGAAAGAAUCAAAGAUCAUGAUGACAGAAGCAUACACAGACCUAAAACGGAUGAUGCGGUACUACGGAAAUGCAGAUCGCAAAGGCUCUGUACCCUUCAACUUCAUAUUCCUUGAUGAAUUAAAAAAAGGGUCUAAUGCCAGAGACAUAAAGUUGAUUGUUGAUAAAUGGAUGACGUAUAUGCCCCUUGGAAAAACUGCUAAUUGGGUGAAUGGUAAUCAUGACCAAAGCCGAUUGGCUUCAAGACACGGAGAUAAAAGAGUGGAUGCACUGAAUAUGCUUGCUCUCAUACUUCCUGGAAUAACAAUCACAUAUCAGGGUGAGGAGUUAGGUAUGACAGAUGGAAAAGUUUCCUGGGAAGAGACGAAAGAUCCUCAGGCUUGCAAUACAGAUGACCCUGUCAACUACUGGAAGAAGAGUCGUGAUCCAGCUCGCACACCAUUCCAUUGGGACGCUACUUCCAAUGCCGGCUUCUCUAGUGGCGACACAACUUGGUUGCCCGUUGCUGAUAAUUAUCGUACCCUGAAUUUAGCGACUCAGAAGAAGGCAGCAAAGAGUCAUUACAAAUUCUACAAAGAUAUGGUGGGUGUGAAGCAUUUGCCAGCUGUGCGUUUCGGCGACUUGCAGAUACAUGCACUGUCUGAUUCCAUUCUAGUGGUCAUCAGGUUAGUACCAGGAGAGCAUGUAGUUGCAGGAGUAAUAAACUUAUCAGACGAAACACACGCCAUUAACCUCAGCCCAUUGCGCCUUCUGCCGAACGAACUGCAAGUUGUAGCGAGUGGCGUCGAUUGUUGCAUGGACAAGGGGUCACGUGUCCAAAAGACAAGCAUCAAAGUAUCAGGACACUGUGCCAUUGCAUUCGAGUCAGUAAAAAAGUGCUGUUAA